AUGGACAAUAGCGGGCGACCGCAGGCGCAGCAGCAUCACCCCCCGACGGUUGCCAAGGGCCUGAGCGCGCCACCUCGGGGCAACAUGCUGAGCGCUUCCAAGCCGCUGGCCUUCUCCAUCGAGAGGAUCAUGGCCAGGACGGCCCCGGAGCCCAAAGCCCUGCCGCUGCUGCCCCACUUCUUGCAGGGCGGGGGAGCCCCCAAGGGCAGCGGCGGAGAGCCCGUCAAGGCGCCGCCGCCGCCGCUCAGCCUGGGGCCCUCCAUCCCGUGCAUGAUCCCCUUCGUGCCGCUGGCCUACGAGCCCUUAGCCAAGCCUCCGGCCGAGCUGAGCCCCCUGCAGCACCACCACUACAAGCUGGUCCGGCCCCGCGUGGUCAACCACUCCUCCUUCCACGCCCUGGGCGCCCUGGGCUACUUCGGCCGGGCCGCCGACCCGCCGCCGCCGUCCAGCCUGGGCCUCCACCCGGUGGCCUCCUAUUUCCUGGGAUCGCCGCUCUCCGGCCCAGCGCCCGCCUUGCAAGCCCCGACGGCGGCGCCCAAGGCCUACCUGGAGGAGAGGAACAAGCUGCAAGCGCUGCAGGCCGGCCCGGACAAGUACCCGCCGGCGGCUUUCAAGGACUUGGCCGCCGCCCAGCCCCACAGCGCCGCCGCCGCCGCAGCAGCCGCCGCCGCCGCCGCCGCUCACCUGCUGGCCGCAGACAAGCUGCCCUUCAAGGGCGUCGCGGCCGACUUCAGCCGCGGCUCGCCCAGCGCCAAGCCCAAAGUCUUCACGUGCGAGGUCUGCGGCAAGGAGAAGCCCCACAAGUGCAACCAGUGCGGGAAAGCCUUCAACCGGAGCUCGACCUUGAACACCCACACGCGGAUCCACGCCGGCUACAAGCCCUUUGUCUGCGAGUUCUGCGGGAAAGGCUUUCACCAAAAAGGCAACUACAAGAACCACAAGCUGACGCACAGCGGCGAGAAGCAGUUCAAGUGCAAUAUCUGCAACAAGGCCUUCCACCAGGUGUAUAACCUGACCUUCCACAUGCACACCCACAACGACAAGAAGCCCUUCACCUGCCCCACCUGCGGCAAAGGCUUCUGCAGGAACUUUGACCUCAAGAAACACGUCCGCAAACUGCACGACGCCGGCGGCAGCGGCCCUUUGGGGCUGCCUCGAACCCCUGGCGAGCCGGAGCCUCCGCCCCAGCCUCCGCCGCUGCUCCACCAUCCGUGA